GAUAAAACUACCAAUAUGUCAGGACGUGGUAAAGGCGGAAAAGUCAAGGGCAAAUCCAAGUCCCGAUCCUCCCGGGCCGGACUUCAGUUCCCCGUUGGACGUAUCCAUCGUCUCCUCCGUAAAGGCAACUAUGCCGAGCGCGUGGGUGCCGGAGCCCCAGUCUACCUGGCUGCCGUUUUGGAAUACCUCGCCGCUGAGGUUCUUGAGUUGGCAGGUAACGCCGCCAGAGACAACAAGAAGACCAGAAUCAUCCCCAGACAUCUGCAGCUGGCCAUCAGGAACGACGAGGAGUUGAACAAACUUCUGUCCGGAGUCACCAUCGCCCAGGGUGGUGUCCUCCCCAACAUCCAGGCUGUCCUUCUCCCCAAGAAAACCCAGAAGUCUGCUGGAAAGUAAAUUUCCAACCCACGCUUCUUCAUCAACGGUCCUUUUCAGGACCACCAAAUAACACAAAAGAAUGCUUGCAAAUAUGAUGAAAACAAACUGCAGCUACAUUCCAUGUUUAUGUUGUAUAAUCGAAUCAUUAUCAUAAUUAAUACAUUUACACGCACGCACGCACGCAAGAUCAAUCAUUUAAUGAAUAACAAAAUGCUUAUA